UAAAUGUUUCGACCAAAAACACUGCGUUCAGUUAACGAACGAAACGAACAGCGAACGGAUUCUGGCUUGAGAAAUCGAGUUGAAUCGAAGUGAAACAUAGAAAUAAAAAUAAAAGCCUUCGCGGACAAUUGGCGCAUUCCGCAAGCUGUAAUUCAAACCGAGCCAUUAUCGCUUGGUUAUCGGGAAAAUAAACGAGUUGCGAACGCGGGUCGCAAAAAUAAUUGGCGAUCGUUCAGUUGGCCAACGGACGUUAACGUCGCGUACUGCAAAAGCGCACUCAACCCGAACGAUCCGUGUGAAUAAAGAAUAUAUAGAAAAUAGCAGAAGCCAUCGAAAAGUCGCCGCAAAAUGUAUUCACCCCCGGUGCCGAGCAUCAAGCACUUUGGCUCCCUCAGAACGGCCGUACUCUGGGCCGGAAUUCUCGGAGUGGUUCAAGCCUGCAUCUGGAUUGGACUGACCAUCACAGCGAUAUGUGCUUACAGCUGUGUGCUGUACAUAACGAAUGAUUUUACGUAUGGGAGCAUGGUGAAGGCCGUGUUCUUCUAUGUGUACUUCAAGGGCGGCUGCAGGAUGAGCCCCAACGAUUUCCAGCAAUUUGAUUAUACUUAUUUGGACUCAGUGGAGACUGUGUUCGAUUCGAACCAAUUGUUGAUCUGGAACUGCGUCUACCUGGGAGUUUCAGUCUGCUGGCUCAGCGUGUCCAUUGUGCUAAUAUUCUCCGUGCGCAAGGAUAACACCAAGAGUACCCUGAUCGCGAUUUACACCUGGGCCUUCUUCGUGGCCGCCAUCUGCUGUAUGGACGUGGCCUCCGGAGUGAUCUUUGGCGUCGACUACGGUCGCUUUAAUGAUGAAGCUCUGAAGCAGAAUGCCAAUACAUUGAACGCUGGUCCAGUGGAUCCGAUGGCUGCCACCCUCAUUGCCGGAGCCGUGUCCGCCAUCUCGAUGAUGAUCAUCUCGUUCAAGGGCUUCGUUUUGUGGCUAAUAAACCUUGGCCUGCUCAUCUACCUGCUGGUGCGAGCCACGCGCAUUGCCACCGAUAAGGAUGGCCCGGAUACUUUGUAUAAUCCCCGCAAGGAUUCCAAUGAUAUUCUAACCACCCGGCCGCCCAUUCGCGCCUACGAGGAAGAGAAGGUGGAGAUCCAGGCAUAUAACAACGCAGCGUACAGCAACGCAGCCUACGUUCCGGAUAACCGCUCCACGGCGGAGACCAUUGAGGUGAACGAGGACGCCAUCAUCCGAGCGGCGCACAUGUCGAUGGACUCCAACCUAAUGGACCGCCGCUUCCGGGACCUCAACGCCUUCCAGCAGUACCCGGCUCCCAAUCCCCAGGCCAGUCGCCCGCUGCGCCAGACCACACAGACUCCGGUGCAGGAGACUAUUGUGGUGGCGACUGCGGGAUUCCCGAUACCCGACUACUCGCCGGCACCGAGUCCCAAUGGCAUUCUGCGCCAUCCCCAGUACUAAGACGGCUGGCGCCCAGCAAAGCCACCUCGUUCCAUAAUAUAAUUCUCAAAUAAUCCCCAAGUGACAGCUAAAGUUUAGUUCAAAUUUUGUCAGUAUGACAAUCUACGAUGUUGUACAUGUUAUUCUUAUUUAUUUGCAUGUUAUUAACCAAAUAAGUGUGUGCAGUUGUACAUAUAUUAAACAGUCAUAGUUGUUUGCACCGCCAGUUGAACGGUA